ACUUAUAUUAUUUUAUGAUAUCGGUAGCAUGAUUGGUUUUUGGUAUGCGUCAACUUUCAAGAGAGUGAUUAAACAAGCAACCCAAAUUUUGUCACUGUGGUAGUAGGCAGAUUUUAUUCAUUCUGGUCUAACUUUUGAGAGAGAGAGAGAGAGUGAGAGGUUGUGUGUGGAAAAUAGUGGACAGGAAGAAGAAAUAUGGUUGUGGAAGAAGGUGAAACGCCGAGGAGCCCAGAAGCUAAGCUGGGGAUGCAAGUGGAGGAUUUAUGGGAUGUGCAGGAACCGCAGCUGAGCCCAACUGAGAAGCUCAAUGCUUGUUUUGAGAGUAUUCCUGUAUCUGCUUUCCCUCCUGAUCCAUCACAAGUUAUUGAGAUAAGAUCCGAUACAAGUCUGGCAGAUGCUGUGAAGCUACUGGCCCGGCACAAAAUACUUAGUGUUCCUGUGGUGGAUGUCGAAGCAGCUGAAGAUGCCACUUGGAUUGACAGAUACAUAGGCAUUGUAGAGUUUGCUGGCAUUGUUGUAUGGAUUUUGCAUCAGUCUGAAAAGAUGGAAGGUGGCUCAGCAUUUGAUUCAGCCAUGAAUGGCUUAGAUCAUGAUGUUGGAUCUGCUGUCGCUGCGGCGGCUAGCGGAAUUUCUUCUCCAAGGUUCAGAAGCAUGCACCCUGACUCUCCAACUGCCACUUGUGGAAAAUUUUUUGAGACUCUUACUUCAUCUGACUUCUACAAAAAUACAAAGGUUGGAGAUAUCUCAGGAUCGUUUCGCUGGGCUCCAUUUCUUGCUUUGCAGAAAUCUAACUCUUUUUUGACAAUGCUGCUGCUGCUGUCAAAGUACAGAAUGAAGAGCGUUCCGGUGAUUGAUUUAGGGGAUGCUAAGAUUGAUACCAUUAUCACUCAAAGUGCCGUUAUUCACAUGCUAGAAGAAUGUGCUGGGCUUCAUUGGUUCGAAAGCUGGGGUUCAAAAAAGCUGUCUGAACUAGGUCUCCCCUUAAUGAAACCAAGCCACAUGAUAAAGAUAUAUGAGGAUGAGCCGGUGCUGCAGGCUUUUAAACUAAUGAGACAAGAUGGAGUUGGAGCUGUACCUGUUGUCGCAAGUGAUGGAAGUAAGGCCAUUGGUAAUAUAAGCAUCAGAGAUAUCCAAUUCCUUCUCAUCACGCCCGGAAUCUACAAGGAAUACAGAUCUAUCACAGCCAAGAACUUCCUGACAGCAGUUAGAAGCUAUCUAGAGCAGACUCAGAGUGAGUCACCGUUGCGCAGCGGGAUUUUGACCUGCCGCAGGAACGACACACUGAAAGAAGUCAUUAUGAAACUGGACUCUAUGAAGAUCCACCGCAUUUAUGUGGUAAACGAAACUGGAAAUCUGGAGGGAGUCAUCACACUCAGAGACAUAAUCUCGAAGCUGGUGCACGAGCCUCGUGGUUAUUUUGGAGACUUCUUCGACGGCGUCCUGCCGCUGCCCGCCAAUAGUAGGGUCUAAACCACUUGCGAAUAAACAUAUUCCCGGCCGACAUUGCAGUUUGGAGGCAAGUGCUCUGUCGUUUUAAUCAAUAAGUGGAGUUUAACUGAUUUGAUGUGAGACCUUUCUUGUAAUUGUAGGUUAAGGUCUUUUUGUUUCUUUUUGUUUUAUCACUCUCUUGUAUGCGCAUGGGACAGAAGAAGGAAGAGUUCUUGAAUGACUGUGCUCUGUCUUCUCAUAUGAUUUGCAUCGUUGUCCUAAAUUUGUUCAGCGCUUAGUUUCUUCUUGGGAAGUAUCGAGCCAAACAUGAGUUGGGUUAUUAUAUUCUUAUACAUAAUUUAUCA